AUGGAGAUGGAAUUAGCAAACAGUCAAAAGGAGUUAAUCGAUCAACACAAAGAUGUGCUGGAUAGAGCAAAGCAUGACUAUGAACAACUAAAGAAAACUGUUGAUGAACUGCGGGCAUCUGAUCAGAAUGUCGAGUUGGUAAAAGAGCUGAAACUACAAAUAAAAGAGCUGGAAGGAGCCGUGAGUGAAUCCACCAAGGAUUCUGAUGUGUCUAAGAGAGUGCCUCAGAUGGUAGCAGUUGUUAUAGGUGUAGAUGUUGCUGAUGGGGAUGUUGUUGUCAAUGUUUACAUAAACCAUGAGAAGAAGUUUGCCUUUGUGGAGAUGAGAUCUGUUGAGGAGGCCAGUAAUGUCAUGGCCUUAGAUGGAAUUCUUUUUGAGCUUUGCUAUUUGGAACAGGGUGUUGACUUCCUAGUUGCCUCUCCAGGACGCUUGGUGGAUAUGAUAGAGAGAGCCAAAGUUUCUCUCCAAAAAGUCAAGUAUUUGGCUUUGGAUGAGGCCGAUCGAAUGUUGGAUAUGGGGUUUGCGCGCCAGAUAAUAAAAAUUGUUGAGCAGAUGGAGAUGCCUCCACCAGGUGCAAGGCAGACAAUGCUUUUCAGUGCAACAUUUCCAACUGAUAUACCAGAACUGUAUUGUCUUGAUGGAGCAGGCUCUGACUCUUGUUUUUGUGGAAACAAAAAAGGAGCAGAUGCAUUAGAGCAGUGGUUAUACAAGAAUGGUUUUUCAUCUACUGCCAUACAUGGUGACAAAAUACAGAUGUCCGCUCUAAGUUGUGUCCAAAGCAUCUCUCUCUAUGAUGAUAUAAUCAACUUCAAGUCCUAUCCCAAAUCAGAAAAUCCACUAGAGAUCUAUGGAAGGAUCAGAUUUGCUGAGCUAAUUUGUGAGCUGAGCUGUGCUGCUGCAAUUCCUGGAUUCCAGGUCCUUUACAGGCUGUCUGAUGAUGCAGUGAUCAGAGUUGCUGAGCUAAUGGCAGGGGUCAAAUUGUGCAGAACUAAGCUGCAAAUUGUUACCAUUUUAGCAGCAGACAUCCCCCUAGGGUCAACCAUCUCUGCCUCAAACCCAAACCAAUCUUGGUCUUCUCCAAACGGCACCUUCUCUCUCGGCUUUACCACUGAUGGAUCCACAAACACCUACUUCUUGGCCAUCACCUACAACGGCUUUCCCAUCUGGAAAGCCGGUGGUGAUCCUGGUGGCGUCACCGACUCCACCGCCACCCUCCGCUUCCUACCCAGCGGCAACCUCCAGCUCCUCAACGGCUCCACGAACGCCCUCGUCUGGCAGUCAAACACCGCUGGCCUCGGCGUCUCCGCCGCCUCCCUCAAUGACUCAGGUAACUUCGACCUCAAAAACGACACCGUUUCUGUUUGGUCCACAUUCAACAAUCCCACUGAUACAAUCCUCCCAGGCCAAAACUUCACUACAAACAACAUUUUGCGAUCUGGGUUGUACUCAUUUCGGCUUCUUAGAUCAGGAAAUUUAACUCUUACAUGGAAUGAUUCUAUUGUUUAUUACAAUUCUGGGCUGAAUUCAUCUAUGAAUAUAAACUUAACUUCACCAAGUUUAGGCCUUCAGCCAAUUGGCAUAUUUUCUCUGUUUGAUCCUUCUCUUCCGGGCCCGGUAAUUAUAGCUUAUAGUAGUGAUUAUGUUGAGGGGACUGAUAUACUGAGGUUUGUGAAGUUGGAUGGUGAUGGAAAUUUGAGGAUUUAUAGCUCUGCUAGGGGUAGUAGAACCGAGAUUGUGAGAUGGGCUGCUGUUAGUGAUCAGUGUGAAGUAUUUGGUUAUUGUGGGGAUUUGGGUAUAUGUAGUUACAACGAUACGAAUCCGGUUUGUGGGUGUCCUUCGGAGAAUUUUGAACUGGUUGAUCCGAAGGAUAGUAGGAAGGGAUGUAAGAGGAAAGUAGAGAUUGAGGAUUGUCCUGGGAGUGCAACAAUGUUGCAAUUGGAUCAUGCUAUGUUCUUGACUUACCCUCCAGAGAUAACCUCACAAGUUUUCUUUGUGGGUAUUUCGGCAUGUAGGUUGAAUUGUCUUGUGAGUGGUUCUUGUAUUGCUUCCACUUCAUUAGCAGAUGGGACGGGGUUGUGCUACUUAAAAGUGCCAGCUUUUGUUAGUGGCUAUCAGUCUCCUUCGCUUCCUAGUACUUCAUAUCUUAAAGUUUGUGGUCCUGUGAUACCAAAUCCAUCUACUUCUUUGGUGGGUAUUGAUAAGGACAAUGGUUGGAGGUUGCAUGCUGGGAUUGUUGCUGUAGUGGUUGUGGGUAGUCUCUUGGGUUUGAUUGUGUUGGAGGGUGGUUUAUGGUUUUGGUGCUGCAGAAAUAGCCCCAAAUUUGGUGGAUUGUCAGCUCAAUACGCACUGCUUGAGUAUGCCUCUGGUGCACCUGUUCAGUUCUCCUAUCAGGAGCUCCAAAAAGCGACGAAGGGGUUUAAGGAUAAGCUUGGAGAGGGAGGGUUUGGGGCUGUUUACAGAGGGGUUCUUGCUAAUAAAACUGUUGCAGCAGUGAAGCAACUAGAGGGCAUCGAGCAGGGGGAAAAACAGUUUAGGAUGGAAGUCGCAACUAUAAGUAGCACCCACCAUUUGAAUUUGGUGAGAUUGAUUGGGUUUUGUUCUGAAGGGCGUCACAGACUUCUGGUGUACGAGUUUAUGAAAAAUGGUUCUCUUGAUAACUUCCUAUUCACAACUGAAGAACAAUCAGGUAAAUUGCUGAAUUGGGAAUACCGAUUCAACAUUGCUCUGGGGACUGCGAGGGGGAUCACAUAUCUUCACGAGGAGUGUCGAGACUGUAUUGUGCACUGUGAUAUAAAGCCAGAGAACAUUCUUUUGGAUGAAAAUUACAAUGCCAAGGUCUCUGAUUUUGGCCUUGCAAAACUAAUCAACUCAAAGGACCAUAGAUACCGAACACUAACAAGUUUACGGAUGGUGUUGUUGGAGAUUGUGAGUGGCAAAAGAAACUUUGAAGUCUCCGAAGAAACAAAUCGGAAAAAGUUCUCGGUGUGGGCUUAUGAGGAAUUCGAGAAGGGUAAUGUUGAGGCAAUUGUGGAUAAAAGACUUACUAGCCAGGAGGUGGAUAUGGACCAAGUGUUGAGGGUGAUUCAAGUAAGUUUUUGGUGCAUCCACGAGCAGCCUUCUCAAAGGCCUAUGAUGGGAAAAGUCGUGCAAAUGUUAGAAGGGAUUACUGAAAUUGAUAAGCCGCCAGGCCCAAAGGCCUUUACAGAAGGAUCAGUUGGUGGGACUAGUGUAAACGCCAGCAGUGUCAGUGCUCUGUCCACCUUUGCAGCUUCAGCCCUUGCUCCCUCCUCUUCAUCUUCUUUCCAAGCUGCCGGUGUUUCAUCUAUUGCUUCAGGAAAGAAUUUGGAAAGGGCAUCUUCGUCGCUUUUACAGUCGGAGUCAAAUUGA